UGAUGACGCAGUCCGGGGAAAGUGUGAGGAACGAGAAAGGGUGUCCCGUCGGCACUAGCACAGACUGCACCGAACAGCUGCAGCCUAGGUUCACAUAGAGUUUCACAGCAUUGCGAGUAGUACACAUAUAAUUUCAUCCCAAAACCUAUAGAAUAACGUUCACACUAACCAAAUAUUAAAAUGGUUGAUCGCGAGCAGCUGGUGCAGAAAGCCAGGCUGGCUGAACAGGCUGAAAGGUAUGAUGAUAUGGCAGCUGCCAUGAAAUCGGUAACAGAGCUGAAUGAGGCGCUAUCUAAUGAGGAGAGGAACCUCCUGUCUGUGGCCUAUAAGAAUGUGGUCGGGGCCCGUCGUUCCUCUUGGAGGGUGAUCUCUAGCAUCGAGCAGAAGACCUCUUCAGAUGGAAAUGAGAAAAAGAUUGAGAUGGUUCGGGCCUACAGAGAGAAGAUUGAGAAGGAGCUAGAGACUGUGUGUCAGGACGUGCUCAACCUGCUGGAUAACUACCUGAUCAAGAACUGCAACGAGACGCAGCACGAGAGCAAGGUGUUUUACCUGAAGAUGAAAGGCGACUACUACCGCUACCUGGCUGAGGUGGCCACGGGUGAGAAGAGGGCCACCGUCAUUGAGUCAUCAGAGAAGGCUUACAACGAGGCCCAUGAGAUCAGCAAAGAGCACAUGCAGCCCACCCACCCCAUCCGCCUCGGCUUGGCUCUCAACUACUCUGUGUUUUACUACGAGAUCCAGAAUACCCCUGAGCAGGCCUGUCAUCUGGCCAAGACCGCCUUCGAUGACGCUAUUGCUGAGCUGGACACCCUGAACGAGGACUCCUACAAAGACUCAACUCUCAUCAUGCAGCUGCUCCGAGACAACUUAACACUGUGGACAAGUGACCAGCAGGAUGAUGAGGGAGGGGAGGGCAACAAAGAUUAAUAAACCACACUUAGAAAAAAUAUAUAAUGAAGGGCCGGUGUGCUUUGGCAGGCGCUUUUGCUGAUGAUCGUACCGCAGCAGCACUUCUUUAUUUUUCCAUGUGUUAAAAGAAAAGAAUCAAAAGAAAGGUGAGGGGAGGUUACAUCUUAGGCUAAUAUAUAUAGAUAUAUAUAUGGUUGAAUGGGCCUCCGUCUUCUUGAUUUUAUCUUUGACAUUUGCCAAAACCACUGAAAUGUCAGUCAAUCCUGAAGUGGUUGUUGUUGGAUUGGUUUGGCAGUCUCACACUGGCAUAGGGACUGGUGUCGUACCAAGGGAAGCUGCUUAGUUAGGUUUAUGCAUGAUAGAGAUGCAGACACUUGAGGAAGGGGGGGAAGUUUGCAAAUAGUUUGCAAUGGUUCCAGUACUAGCAACUCAGCCACUUUUCAACCUCAUAUUCAUUAUCUCAGCACCAAACCAGUGUCUACUUAUGUGAAAACAUCGCGUUUCUAUGAUCUGUGGUUAAAAAGAUAAGAAGAAAGGUCCUAAAAAAUGGUUCUGUGACAUCACAGAAUUUCUAGCCAGAGAUGGGUUCUUGCUCCCCACAUCACCGUAAAUCUGUGUUUGAAAAUCACUUUUUUUGUUUGAAUUUGAACAUGAAUUAUGCCCAUAUUUAAGAUUGCUCUAUUUUUUCUUGUACCUAAUAAUCAAUGAAAACUUGCUCGGUAGGUCUGUCCUCAUUGUGGUUUUACAGACGUGUUUAAUACGUCUUAAUAACACACUUCAUUCUAAUAUUUAUGAAAUGCGUAUUUGGUAGCACUUAUUUGUUUUUCCUUCGCCUCCAACCCCUUUCGAUGUGUGGAACGGAUGUGGGUGGGGCCAGGUCUACAUAAAGGUGCUAGUUUAAAAAACCUCCCAAAAGCUCUGACGACGGCCGUGAGGCCGACACGUAAGCUUAUUAAAGAUCAGUGAUACCAUCAAGAGCAGUGUUUCCUUUUUCAUUCAAAAUCACUGUUUUUAAAAUGUUGACACUUUUGAUGUCAUCGGGUAGAACAUUUUAAUUCUAUAUUUAUUUAAUUUUUUAAGUCAACAAAACAUACAAAUGUGCCGUUUUCACAUAUGUAGACAUUGGUUUAGUGCUGGAGAUAAUGAAUAUGAGGUUUGAAAAGUUGCGGAGUUGCCCUUUAAGAUGUAUCACUCACUCUUGAAGGGAGUGCAGGACAGCCAAGAGAAUGCUAAUAGUAUUCAUCUGACCAAAUCAACUAGAAAAAGUCAAGUGCAGAUGUUUUGUUAAAAUUUUGGAUGUUUAUUGUAAAGGAUAAUAUACUGUUAUCAAUUUACUCUUUCACAUGACUUCUAGUUUUAGGUAUAUUUGGCAUUAAAUCCAAUGUGACUGUCCUCUGACAGCUCUAAAUAUGAUACUGGAACCAUGGCUUCAACGCCAAUAGAGUUUAUGUAAAGGCAGAGACAGUUUAAAACUGAGUCAUUAUGUUAAAGCAGCUGCGGAGUUUGUGGUUUACUUCUGUGUUUGUUUUAUUAAAUGCACUUGCCUACUACACUGUUUCUUCAGUGUAAGAUGAUUACUACAAUAAUAUCGAUUAUUCAGUAUUGUGCAUGCUGGUGAAGUAUUUAAACAUACAGUAGCUUGACUUUAUUAACUUAUACUGUGGGUGUUAAGUAUUCAUAUGAUUGAGAAAACAUAGGCUUUGUCUGAUUAUUUCUUAUUUAUAACUUAUUCAUAUUUUGUUUUUAUUUGCUAUAUGAAAAUGUUGAUUGUAAAAAUGGACAUGUUAUGAGCAUUGCUAUAGUGUCAUGCAAUAUGUAUUUAAUUUGUUAAUGGAAGGGGGAAAAACACACCAGUGAUUUGCUUAAACUUACCAACUGGUGUUUGUCAUGUUAAAUUAUAAUAAUGGCUUUGUCACAUUAAAUUAUAAUAAUGGCAUUGUAAAACAAAUACUUUGUUCUUUGAACUAUUUGAUUACUUAUUUAGUCAUGUUAUUAACCAGUUUGAACAAUGGUGAAGUUUUCAGAAUCUGUUUCUGUUAUGAAUUCACAACAUGGACCACAAUAUAUUUCUGGCAGUAUACAUUUUUUUGGUUUGUUUUUAUACCUUUUAGCUGUUUGAGUGACGAAUAUCUUGAAUGUGAGUCCUUAUGUAGCAGUUGCACAAGAAACGAGAACUAUAAUGCUAAUUUUAAAAAACUAUAUGACAAUUCUAAAUGCACCAUUUCCAUGGCAGUCUGAUGUAUUGUUGUGAUGUCACUAAGUCAACGUUUGUUUUGUUGUAACCUCUUGUGUGCUGCUAGUAUGCUAUUCUUGAAAUAGUUGAUUCAGCAUACUCCAUAGGCAUCCUCCAUAACCAUAUAUGGAAAAAGAGAAUUAUAACAACACAGUAAAAACCCACUUAUGCUUUUAGAUCCACACAAACUUGCAUGACUCCAGUACAGUGAAUGCACAUUUAUGCUCAUGCAAUAUAAUGCAAAAGCUAGUCAAAUAAUAGCUGGCUAUUAGGACUUCAGGUUGAAGCAAACAGGGAGAGUCAUUUGUCAUACACUGUUAACAUUACUUACCACCGAGGGCUGAAUGUUCCAACUGAAUGAUUCCCACGAGGACAAAAGAACAGAUCUAAAUGAUCUAGGACUUUAACAGUGUCCCAAAUGCCACCCUCUUCCCUAUAUAGUGCACUACUUUUGACCAGAGGCCAAUGGGGUCUUGGCCAAAAGUAGUGCACUAUAGGCAAUAGGGUGCCAUUUGGGACGCCAUUUAUUCUUUAACUCAUUGUACAUCUCUCAUCCUCUGAACUAACCAUGUAUCAGAAUAGAUAUUUCUGAGGAUGUUCCAUUUUGCUGCUAUGUUCUAGAUUUUAUUAGAUUUAUAAUCUUGAUCAUAAUUGGCCAAAACUCAGCAAUUUAUUGAUUUUUCUUUUUUGGUCUCCGACAUUAUCUGGCCAUUAUCUGCCCUGGACACACCUCAAGGUGUUUGGGUUUGCCGAUUUAGAUAUUUAUAUUCAUAAACCUAGGGUGUUACUUUAUGCCAUUCAUCUAGUGCCAUCAACAGAGAGACGGUGUUAUACCUUCCUUUUUUGCCAUGCUAAUCUAAGAACGGUUAACACAUGUCAUUUAGUAAGUACAGUUAACACAUGUAAUUAAACCUGGUACUUCAUUCAUUUACAUAGUCCCUUCUGGUAUACAAGGCCACUUUGGAACCCUGUAUGUUACUUUUCCCUCUGUAUGUCAACGUCGAUGGCGAGAGUUAACAAUUCAGAUUGCUUUUCCUCUGAAAGAAACUUUAAACUAUCAUUUGCUUGGUGUAGAUUUUUGGGCACAUCAGAAGGGAUGGUUCAUUCAUUAAGUACAUGUUUUGUUUGUGUUUUAUUUAUUUAUUUUUUCAAUUUGUUCACUCAGAUCCUUGUGUCUGUAAGUUCAGGCAGAACACCACUGUAACAUGUAUGCUCUCUUUUCUCUGAAAUUAAAUUAAACUUCCAUUGAAUCAAGUAAA